AUGGCAAUUGUCGCUGUCCUGACAUAUAAUAAUCUUGCAUGGAAUGAAUAUAUUAAGAAAAGCCUAAAUUUUCUGGACUAUGGUCAAUUUCAAACAAUAAAAACACGUAGACAUCAACAACGGCCAUCAUCAUCAUCAUUAUUAACAACAGCAACAACAGCAGCAGCAACAAAAGUAGCAACAUCAAAAGUAGCAACAUCAAAAGUAGCAACAUCAAAAGUAGCAACAGAAACAGCAACAUCCUCUGUUCGAAUUUCAUUCGAUAAGAAUCAGUCAUUAAUACUAAAAAUAAAAACAAACGUACGAAAGCAAACAGAAGAACGACGUAAACAUAAUAAUCGAAAAGCUGAAGAAAGAGUUAAACGAGCACAAACAAGUAUUGUUUUGAAAGAUGAACCUAUGGAUAAAAUUCACAUGUAUCAAUGA